UGAGUUCAGUGCUAUAUGUGCUAUACUUCAUUGGGUUUAGCUAGUUUGACAGUUAGCUCUUCCAGCCAGAUGAUGGACCAGAUGUGUUAAAGUAAGGAAAACUCAAGCACUUCCAGGACUUCUGUUGUGCACUUAGAGGCCUAAACAUGUGUAGUCUGACUGAAAGAUGUGCUCAUCAUUUAUUUAGUCUGGUUUCAAUCUUCUUUACUUUAUUGGACAUUGCUUGACUGUUAGCCUAAACCAACACGCCCAGUCAAAGAAAUGAGAGAGUGGAAAAAUGAGGUUGAUCACACGUCUAAAUCAAAGACCACUGUCUUAAGAAGUGACCAGUCAGGAAGCAUGUGAUCAGUUUGCACGUCUCUCAUUGGUGGGCUGUCUGAACACGUCUAACCGCUAUGCUGAGACGGAAUCGACAACAGAAAGGUUCCAUUGACGUGGACCAAUCAGAUCUCAGGCACAGACAUCCGCUUCAAAGACUCUCACCAUUGUCAGCCCCCAGCUUCAGUCUCUGAGAUGGAGAGAUCAAGUGCUGUGCUCAUCACUCUAAUGUGUGUUUUGAUCUCCAGCAUCUCUGGAAUAGUUGUGGAGAUGAGAGUCAAACCAGGAGACGAUGUCACCAUCUACUGUGACUUCACCUGGAAGAGUGGAUUUAAAAUAGUAUGGGUGAUAAAACCCUCACACGAGCAUCAACCUCCUCUCUUUCAUUUAACCGAGGACUCGACACUUCCACAUUACUCUCGUGUUUGGAACAACUCCAAGGCGACAUACGAUCUACUGGUGAAGAACAUCACUGGAUCAGAACUUGGCUUGUACUACUGCGCUCUACAUGAGACCAAGUUUUUUAGAAAUGAGAAUGGAGAUGGAUUAAUAGAGGAUUUUCAUCAUGAUGGCAACAGAACGACUUUCGUCUCUUUCCUGGACACAACGGUUCCUUCUGCCAAUCUCUCCGAAACCCCCUCCACCCCUCCUGUAUCAGACUGUAGUGUCUGCUGGAAGCUGCUGGUCAGUGUGUGUCCUGUGUGUGUUCUCCUCUCCUCAGUGGUCUCCUCCAUCGGUGUGUACUGCAUCUGCACCACCAGAACUAAAGCUGAUCAUGAAGCAGACCAGCAAAGGAAUAUCAGCAUGAGAAAACAUGAUGAGGUUGGAGACGAUGUUUGCUCUGCUUUAUUGGACGUCCCGAGUGGUGAUGGAAAACGCCUGAAGAAGAGGACAGCCGAAAGAUUUGAUUUCUGCACUUAUUCUCAGGUUCAAUUUGAGAAAAUGUAGAACUUCUGAGGAGUACGCUGGACGAUCAGGAGGUCCAAGAAUGAAGGUACCUCAGUCAGAAGUGUUGGAGUUGAUUUAGAUUCAGUUCAUUCUUGAAGAUCUGGCCUAAACUGAAUGGCUUGUUUCCUGACAUCUCAGGUUAUAAUAGCUGCAGUGCAUUUAUUAAGGGCAAUGUUUCAAAAUACCAUCAUUAUAUGUACCUUAAUGAUUGUAGACAUUCCAGGUUGGCUCCUCCAAUGAUCUCAUCCUCUGUUGUGUUUUCCUUGUGUUCCUUUCUCUUUUCUUUUAGUUACUAGCUUUUAUAAUGUUUAUUGUUCUAGAAUUAAAGAAAAAAAGACAGUUCUAACUAUUGAGCGAUGGCCAUGUCUUUCCAGGGUAUUACAAAAUGUAUUUUACAAGAAGACAAACUGCUUAUUUUUCACUGUUUUGACUUAACCUGCUUUAAGAGAGAAUGUUCUUGCGUUUCACUGAAAUUGAAUAAAGUUUAUUGGAAUCCUGGUCAUGAAUGCUCAA